AUGGCUUUAAAUCCAGCGACAAUUCGGGGGCAAGAAUAUGUAUUUCCUUCAAAUAAAGGAUCAGAGAUUACAUAUUUAAGACGUGAGAAUGUUAAAUUGAAACUUUAUUUACCUGAUAGAACGAUAAAAGAAGAAGGAACACUUUUCUUAACAAGUAUACGCUUAGUAUUUAUUAAAAAUGAGAAAAGUAGAACAAAUAUAAAUUUUACCGGAGCAGAAUUUCCAUUAGUAUUAGUUGAUGACGUAAAUUUUGAGCAACCGGUAUUUGGGUUAAAUUACUUGUCAGGGAUUGUAAGACCAUUGAUGGACCAUCCAAAUAGUUUAUCUAGCCCAUGCAAAUGGAAUAUUUUUUUUUUAAAUGGUCAAUGUAGUAAUUUUUUGAACUAUUUUUUUAAAGCAUAUGAAGCAGCAAAGAAAAAUAAGACAUUAGGAUCGUUAAAUGAAUUUAAUGAGUAUUUUUUUUCAAGUAAUAAUGCAUAUAUUGAUCCUAAUGAUCCUACAUUUAUUUAUAUAAACGAACCGAUAUCAGAAAAUAUGAAUAAUUUAUCACAAAAUCAUUAUAUAAAUAAUCAAAACAAUAAUGAGGAAAUUCCAGUAUACAAAGUGCCAUAUGCACCACAAAAUAAUAAUACGAUUUCAUAUAAUGAACCAUAUUAUACAGGGAUCCAACGUAUUGAUAAUAAUUAUAGUCGUAAUAAUAAUGAGCAACACUAUGGUAAUUAUAAUAUGCAAAAUUAUAAUACUCAAUCACCAUAUGAAAACCAAAAUAAUAAUUAUGCAUCUAAUUAUAACCACCAUGAUAAUCAAACUAUAUAUCCCUCCAAUAGAAAUCACAACAAUAGUGAUACUAGACAAACUUCUAUGUCACAUUAUACUCAAUAUACUAAUGAAGCACUAACUUCUGGAGAAAGAAUUCAAAGAAAUAUGUAUAGCCAGGAUAUUAAUAACGAGAUUAAUAAUCAUACUUCGGGUCGCCAACAUGAUGAUCAGAGUCAAUCCGAUCAAAGAAAUAGUUCUAUGAAUUAUUCACAAAAUAAUCAGGAAAAUAUGCAACCGGGAAAUAAAAAAAAUAACUAA